GUCGGAGCGCCGUUAACCACAGGACAACAGUGGAUAGGAUAGGGGACUGGCCGUCAGGGAAGUAAAGCUCCACACUCGUAACAAAUAAGGGAAGAGUUGUUGUAAAUGGGUGCAAACAACAACCAACUGGACAUCUAAACAUGAUCGAAACAAUGGAUACCCAGCGUGCCUUGCAGGCGGUGGAGCGUCUCCAGGCCAAACUGAAGGAGCGGGGGGAGGUGCCCACCGAGGAAAAGCUCAACCUGCUCAAAUCAGUGCUCCAGAGCCCCCUCUUCCACCAGAUCCUGGCCCUGCAGAAGUCUGUCCAGCAUCUCAGAGACCAGGGGACUGUGCCGCUCUCACGUGGGAGUGACCUUGAUGAUCACGUCGCAGCAGUCAAGCCCAAUGGCAGCCAUGUGUCCUGCUCAGAUACUCCAGCUGCUGCAUACAUCAAUGGCCAGACAGCAUCUGAGGAGUUUGAUCGAACUAUUCAAACUAUGGCGCAGGGCCGCUACGUCCAACAUGUGGACCUGCAGAAGCCAGUGUCAGGAGGUCUGGGAUUCAGCGUGGUGGGACUUAAGAGCGAGAAUCGGGGAGAACUUGGGAUCUUUAUCCAGGAAAUUCAACCAGGAAGCAUCGCACACUGUGAUGGGAAGCUCAAAGAAGCUGACCAGAUUUUAGCCAUCAAUGGCCAGCCCCUGGACCAAACAGUGACCCACCAGCAGGCUAUCGGCAUUCUGCAGAGCGCUUCAGAGAGGGUGCAGCUCGCUGUGGCAAGAGGACCGAUACCUCAGCUGGCCAGCCCUGCGGUGUCUCGCACGCCUUCUGCUGCUAGUACACUCUCAGCUAACUCCAGCGCGUGGCAGCACGUGGAGACAAUAGAGCUUGUCAACGAUGGCACUGGUCUCGGCUUCGGUAUUGUGGGAGGAAAAACCACGGGGGUUAUUGUCAAAACCAUCCUUCCUGGAGGGAUCGCGGAUCAGGAUGGCCGCCUGCGUAGUGGUGACCACAUCCUGAGAAUUGGAGAGACUGACCUGUAUGGGAUGGGCAGCGAACAGGUGGCUCAGGUCCUCAGGCAGUGUGGCAACAGGGUGAAGCUGGUUGUCACCAGGGGUCCUGUAGACGAGACUCCUUCUGUCUCUGCUGUCAUGCCCGUAGUGCUCCCCACUGUCACUGAACAACAGGGAUGUGAGGAGGAGGAAGCUGAAGCGUUUGAUGUGAGCCUUACUAAGAACACACAGGGACUGGGCAUAACUAUCGCUGGCUAUGUUGGAGAUAAAAAUUCAGAGCCCUCUGGUAUUUUUGUUAAGAGCAUAACAAAAGACAGUGCUGUUGAUCAAGAUGGACGGGUUCAUGUCGGAGACCAGAUUAUAGCUGUAGACAGUGUUAAUAUCCAGGGAUACACCAAUCAGCAGGCAGUGGAAGUGCUCAGACACACGGGCCAGACAGUCCACCUAAAGUUGAUCCGGCGGGGCUUCAAGCCUGAGGAGAUCCCCCCUGCUGUUACCCCCGUCGCCACUGUCCUGACCCCAUGCACCACCGCCAUCCCCAUCCCCACCACCACCACUGUCAUGAGGGAGCUGGAGCUGGAGCUGGAGAGCAAUAAAGCCGAGGAGGCUGUUCAAGUCACCACAGAUGAAAAGGCGCUCCACACAAAGAGUGACGGAUCAGAUGUCAGCCAGGCCACAGAUCAGUUAACAGAAGACAAACAUGGGAUGAAGCUAACAGCUGUUGAAGAGGAGGAAUUAAUGACAAAAUGGCAAGAGAUUCUGGGUCCAAGUAAUGAAGUUGUAGUGGCUCAGGUGGAGAAAUAUAGUGAGAGCAGUGGCCUGGGCAUCAGUCUUGAAGCUAGCAGCGGGCACCAUUACAUCCGCUCUGUUCUACCUGAGGGUCCUGUUGGUCGCUGUGGCAAGCUCUUCAGUGGAGAUGAACUGCUGGAGGUCAAUGGUAUAUCCCUAAUUGGUGAGACCCACAAGGAAGUCGUCAGAAUCUUGAAGGAGCUUCCCCUCAGUGUGUUUAUGACCUGCUGUAGGCCCGCCCCUCACCUGCAGACUGACAUGGAAACCGUCCAACCGAGAGAGUCAGAGGAUUUAUCCACAACCCCAGAAUUGAAGAAACAAAUAGACCUGAGCAGUGUUCUGGUUGUUGGAGACUCAGAAGGGAACACAGCAGCAGUGACACGGGAUAAUGUCACAGAGGAGGCAAUAGGAUCUCCUUUAGCUAUGUGGGAGCUGGAGAUCCAGAAUAUAGAGCUCGAAAAAGGAGAAGGAGGACUAGGAUUCAGCAUCUUGGACUACCAGGACCCACUGGACCCCUCUAAGACAGUGAUCGUGAUUCGCUCUCUGGUUCCUAACGGUGUCGCGGAGCAGGAUGGCAGACUGCUGCCGGGAGACAGGCUCAUGUACGUCAACAGCACCGACCUGGAGAACGCCAGCCUGGAGGAUGCCGUGCAGGCCUUGAAGGGGGCCAAGCUUGGCACGGUCCAGAUAGGAGUUGCCAAACCACUGCCUGAUUUAGGAUAUUCCCACUCUCCACACCCAUAUGGUGAGCAGGAAAUAACUUCAUCAUCCACCAUCCAUUCAUAUGCCUUCAACAAUAUAAGGGUUGAAGAAGGAGAGGAAGGAGGACUGGCUGAGGGCGUCGUUUACCGAGCAGAGCCGGCAUUGAUUGACACAGGAGAAGCCGACCUGUCUGACGAGAAGAUGUUAGAUCACACUUACUCUAGUAUCAUGGACGACACUUUCCAGGCGUCCAUGAUUGCUCUGCACGGCAGCACCUGCAGUGCAGACUUGGACUUCCUGCACUCAUCUACACCCAAGCUGACAGCUCGUCUCGACUUGUCGGAGGAGCCUCCUCGCUUCGCAGCGGCGUCCGGCUUCCCAGACGACACUCAGGCGUUCUCUCUGGAGAAGUCCCCGUUCUCCCCGCCGAGUCUGAGAGGUCACGCCUCCGAUUUGACCUCCAUACUGAGCAGUAAUGAUCAGUACCUGCUGGCACAGCAUGUGAGCAAAGAGGACGAAGUGGAGAGCUUGAACUCAUACAGCACGUUUGCAAACGUCCCAGAGGAGUCCGUGGAGCUGCCUCCGUCUUUCGGAGAUAUAAAGAUUUUGAUGAAGGACGAGGACGUCGGCGUGAAAGAACCGGCAGAAGACGAUGACAAGGAGGCGCUGACCUCCGGGAGCAACUUUGAAAGGACUAUCACUGUUGUCAAGGGCAACUCCAGCCUUGGGAUGACGGUGAGCGCCAUGAAGGAUGGUCUGGGAAUGCUGGUUCGCAGCAUUAUCCACGGUGGCUCAAUCAGCCGCGACGGGCGUCUCGGUGUGGGCGAUCUCAUCCUGGCUAUCAACGGAGAACCUACAGCCAACAUGACGAAUGUUCAGGCCAGAGCCAUGCUGAGACGACACUCUCUUAUUGGACCGGACCUGGGAUCUUGUGCCACCGAGGACGAUCUGUGCCCAUUUUAUGUCAUUACAUAUGUUCCAGCAGAGUACCUGGAGGAGUACAAGGCCAGCCUGGAGCAGACUACAGAUGAGGUCUUCCCUGAAACUGCCCCAGUCCCAGAUCCAGAUCCAGAUCCUGCUCCGGUCUCGGAUCCAUCUCAAAAAGAUAUUCCUAACCUCCCUGAAAGGGAAGAUGGUGAGGGAGAGGAGAGCGCCUCUUACAACAACUGGAAUCAACCAAGGAAAGUUGAGCUCUUCCGCAAACCCGGCAAGUCCUUGGGUAUCAGCAUCGUUGGAGGCCGAGGGAUGGGCAGCCGGCUCAGUAAUGGAGAGGUCAUGAGGGGCAUUUUUAUCAAGCACAUCCUGGAGGACAGUCCUGCUGGACAGAACGGGACCCUGAAGACCGGAGACAGGAUUGUAGAGGUGGAUGGCGUGGACCUAAGAGAUGCAAGUCACGAGGAGGCAGUGGAGGCCAUACGCAGGGCGGGCAACCCGGUCUCCUUCUUGGUCCAGAGUAUUAUCCACAGGCCGAGGUCGUCAAACACAGACUCCAGUGAGGAGCGAGCUGCAGCUGUGACGAGGGACAACAAGGACAAGGAGGCUGACAGUCACAGUAGACUUGUCCUCUUCCUCUCUCCAACUAACCCUUUCACCCCUACCCCGUUUAAGCUGACGAAGCGCGAAGCAGCGAAGGCGGCUCCCACCAGCAGCAUCCUCCCCCUGCCAGUGGUGCCCCAUGUGGGAGAGACCGACACCGACACGCUGACGGAGAUUCCUGGCAGCCCUGCCGCUGAGGCAGAGGAGGACAACGAGGUGGAGGAGGAGAUGGAGGAUGAGUUUGGAUACAGCUGGAAGAACAUAAUCCAGCGCUACAACAGCCUCCCAGGAGUCCUGCACAUGAUAGAGCUAGAGAAAGGCAAGACGGGCCUGGGACUCAGUCUGGCAGGGAACAGGGAUCGCUCACGCAUGAGUGUGUUCGUGGUGGGAAUAGACCCCAGCGGGGCGGCCGGCAGGGACGGACGUAUGGUCGUGGGAGAUGAGCUCCUGGAGAUCAAUGGACAAGUCCUCUAUGGCCACAGUCACCAGAACGCCUCCUCCACAAUCAAGAGCUCUCCGUCUAAAGUCAAAAUCAUCUUUGUCAGGAACACAGAGGCGCUGAACCAGAUGGCUGUGGGACCGGUGUUGGAGCACGAGGGAGACACAGCAGAGCCCCACACUGAGCUUGAAUCUGCUGCCAAUGGUGAAGCUGACACUUCAGAGAACGUGAAUCACAUCAUAAAGCUGAAGGAUGAGGGAGGACAUGGAAUCACCUUUGUGGAGGGAAACACAGAGAGCGGCGUGGAGAUUCAGAGUAUAUGUGAAGUGGAAGGACACGCAAUGAAAGAGGACUGCAUGAAACCAGGGGACAAACUCUUAACUGUGAAUGGGGAAUCAGUGCUCGGCUACUCUGUGGAAAAGGUGAAUUCUCUUCUGAGAAAAACCAAAGGCCCUCUGAAGCUAACCUUCUCUACAUUUGAGACCUCCUCCUCCUCUCCCCAGUCAACCUGCCAGGAUGGCGUCCUCACCAGUUUACCCAGCAUGCCUAGUGCAACCACGACUUCAAUGAACCAACCAGAGGCGGAGGCAGCCACUAGUUUGAGCCGCUCAUCCACACCCUCCACUCUGACCUGUGACCCAGCGACCUGUCCCAUCAUCCCAGGGUGUGAGACCACCAUCGACAUCUCAAAGGGCCACACAGGUCUGGGCCUGAGCAUCGUGGGGGGCUGUGACACCCUGCUGGGGGCCAUCAUUAUCCACGAAGUAUACGAAGAAGGGGCAGCCUCCAAAGAUGGCAGACUCUGGGCAGGAGACCAAAUCCUUGAGGUGAAUGGCAUCGACCUGCGUGCAGCCAGUCACGACGAGGCCAUCAACGUGCUGCGUCAAACCCCGCAAAGAGUCCGCCUGACCGUCUACAGGGACGAGGCCCAAUACAAAGAGGAAGACCUGUGGGACUCGUUCACUGUGGAGCUCCACAAGAGGCCGGGCCAGGGCCUGGGCCUGAGCAUUGUGGGGAGGAGGAAUGACACAGGAGUAUUUGUGUCUGAUAUCGUGAAAGGAGGUUUGGCAGACACUGAUGGAAAACUGAUGCAGGGGGAUCAGAUCCUGUCAGUCAACGGAGAGGAUGUUAGAUCUACAACUCAGGAGGCUGUGGCUGCUCUGCUCAAGUGCUGCGAUGGGCCUAUAAAAAUGGAAGUGGGGAGGUUUAAAGCAGGCCCCUUCCACUCUGAAAGACGGCUGUCUCAAAAUAGUCUGAUGAGUGAACCAGGCAGCUCAAAGGUGGCCUCCCAGCUGUGUUCAGACUCCGGAAACCUUCCUGCUGAUGCUGACAAACUAACUGCCGAGCAUCAGGACACCCGGAUGGUGGAGUUCACUAAAGGUCCCAAUGACUCUCUGGGCAUUAGUAUAGCAGGCGGUGUGGGCAGCCCUCUGGGUGACAUACCCAUCUUCAUCGCCAUGAUGAAUCCUGUGGGCGUGGCUGCUCAGACGCAGAAACUCAAGAUUGGUGACCGCAUCGUCAGUAUCUGUGGAACGUCAGCUGAAGGAAUGAGCCACUCGCAGGCGGUCGCUCUACUGAAGAACGCCACAGGCACAAUACAGCUGCAGGUUGUAGCAGGUGGUGACACCACUGUGACAGGUCCGUCUCAGGAGCAGGCAGCAGGAGGUCUCACACCCAGCUGCAUCUUCCAGGAUGAUCUCUGCCCUCCUCAGUAUAAGACCAUCACUCUUGGACGAGGACCAGAUGGAUUGGGGUUCAGUAUAGUCGGAGGGCACGGCAGUCCCCAUGGAGACUUACCGAUUUAUGUUAAAACUGUUUUUGGAAAGGGAGCAGCGGCAGAGGACGGCCGUCUGAAGAGAGGAGACCAGAUAAUGGCCGUUAAUGGACAGACCCUGGACGGUGUCACUCAUGAAGAGGCUGUUGGCAUCCUGAAAAGGACCAAAGGGACUGUCACCCUCACUGUGUUGUCAUAGCAACACAUAUUCAAACACUGUCUUCACUUUGUUAUUACUCUCCUUAUCACACAUGAAGUUAUUCCACAUCAAGAAAGACUGAAACUUUUUAUGUAGCAUGACAUGCCACGGGUGUGAUGUCAUAUCUAGCACAAUACUCAGCAAUAUGUCACAGCUAGAAGAUUCACCUGUGGAUAUAUACACACUGAAACAUGAACUAUACACUGAUAAACAGAAGGAGCCUGAUAAUUCAAUGUAGCCUUCAACACUGUAAAACACGUUAGCCUGUAUUAUAGGUAUACCUGUGUUCAGAAUGUGUUAUUAUAAAACAGCAUUUAUCACAGAAACAGUCACCCAAAAAUUCACCUAAAAUAUUAUGUUCAGUAAAUAUUAAGCCUCACAAACUGUUUGCAAUGUAGGGAAACAUUUAUUGAGUAGUUAAUGUGUCUGUAAAUAGUUUAAGACACAUAGCGAAACUCAUGUUACAUUCCAUUGCUUUGGACUGAAGUAUUUAGAGUUUUUUGCUGUUGUCUGUAUUACAUUUAAUGGCUUGCGUGGUUUUUUUUUUAUGACUAUUUUACAACAGGGAGGGCCCCAAAGUAGAGACACAAGAUUUUGACAGAGAAGCAGUAUUUUUUUAUUGCGAAUUUUAAUAGUAUGGGGUCUACUUAUGGGGGAAACAUCCCACUGAAUUAAGAGCAUAAAACAAAAUGAAAACACUCCUGGAGCAAUUAUCUGAUUAGUAGGAUUUAGCUAAUAGCUAUAUUAGCUGAUAAUAGCAUUAUUUGUUUCUCACAAUGCCCUGCUGUUGGCAAGUUUUCCGUUGGAUUUUCCUGAAAGCCUAAUGCUGCUUACUGGUGUUUAUCAACUUAUCAUGAAGUCACUGUUGUUUAAACAAGUGGCCAAGAGAGCAUUUUGUGCUAAAGGACUGAUAUUUUCAACACAUCCCUGAAGGAAAGAUGUGAAUUCCUUGAUGCGUGGUCAUGAAAUUAAGAAAUGUGUUGUAAGUGCACACUUGAGGAGAAGUGUUUGUGUGUAUGACUUAUUCACUGAACGUUAGUGCUGCUAAAGCUGACACAUUAGGUAUUAUUUCACAGUAUUUCUAUUUUUUAAAGUAUUCAUUAUUGUUUGUUUCAUUUAAGUGCACAGAAAAGUAAAAUGCCUGCUAUCUUGUAUGGAAUAGACAAGUGGUUUUUACUAAGUGUUAAAAGGUCAAAUGUUUAUGGACCUGAGCUCAUUUUGACCUUAUUAUUUACCCAAAACACGGUCAUGUAGUGUGUAGAAUUCAGAGUCAUUAGAUAUGUGUGCGUGUGUUGUGUGUCCUAGCCCUUUCAGAGAACUCUGUGUGUUCUCUAGAACUGUCAAUGUGACAGUAUUGAAUUUAUUCACACUGAAUUAAAUAAAAGUGACCUUUGGAUUCAA